GAGACAGCGGUCACGAAGCACGCCGACGGAUCGAUUGCCAAGUUCAGCAACCCCUUCAUCCAGGAUUCCUGUGCGAGGGGCCUGCCCGACUGCGCCCUGUUGAGCUGGAGGGUCCCAGUAAAUUUCUUGAAGUGGAUGCGUGAUUUUCAUAAUCUGUUUCAGGAUGGCGCCACUUACUCAUUCUUGGAGCUCCUGAGCGAGAUUCCCGACAUUGAAGCUGCCUGGGCCACGUACAAGCAGAAGAGAGGCAUUACUGCGAGAAUGGGCGCUGGGCGCAUGCGUGAUGGUGACGAUGAUUCCAGCAAGUCGCACCAGCAGCUCUACUGGGACUUCGUCAAGUGCAACUGCGAGGGGAAGCUGGCGUCCUGGCGGUUCUACGACAUCGCGAAAGCGCUGGUCCAUCACAUGAAGAAGAACGAAGAUGAGUUCAUGGAGCUCGCUUGGGCGCGCCUCGAUUGGUUGGAGCCAGGUCUGACGACGGAGACAGUCGUUCCGAUGCUGCGUUCGCGGGCUGCGAUGCUCGCCUCGGGGCUUGCGAGCAUGGAAUCUCGCUUGAACCUGAAGGGCGACGUGCCGAUGGUCAUGAAGGCGCUUUUGAUGGAAGGCUUCGAGCCGUGCGCCCUGUUGGUCGACGGGCAGGGCACCAGGGCUCCGCAGAAGGACCCUUGGAUCUUCAACAGGCCUACGAUUACCUGCAGCAGGACUGGGACUGGGCGCCCAGCCCGCCGGGUGGAUGAUCUGCUGGCGUGCCUCAAGUACGGCCUCGACGUCGCGCGGCGCGAUGGCGCGUUUGCUGCAGUGCCGGCGCACGUGAAGCUCGCGGUCGCGUGCAGGGUCGUCGGCAUCGGUUUUCAAUUAUGUUGCAAUACCUCCGUCGUGGUGAACAGCCGCACGUACGAUUCGUGGUCGAAGCUGAGGGAGGUGCUCGGUGACAUGAUUAUCCAGUCGCACGUCGUGCACAUCGAGCUGGCGGGGUCUUCGGAGAGCUCUGGCGACCCUGCCGACGAGAUCUUGCGCAGAGUGCUGGCCAUCACUGGGUGUGAUGAGGAUUCGGCGGUCUCGGAUGACAGUAUUCAAUCGUUCUUGGCGGGCCCAGGCGCCUCCUCGGGCAUGGUUGAGAUCUUCGCCGCCUACGGCCCCGCGCAGCCUCUGACCCUGAGCCAUGAGUUUAUUGCGCUGCAGGCGAACGCCUACGAGGCCCUGAAUGCGGCGAAGGUCGGUGACAGCAUCUCCCUCGACUCUGCCCUGACGGUGAUCAUUCACUGCGUGGGCAAGGUCUUCCUUGUCGAGUGGGCGCACUUCUGGCUGCUGGUGUGCGAGUGCGUGGCACAGACGCAAUCGCUUCCCGCUUGUGCGGUGGAUGUGUUCGGCUCCGCAGAAGCAGUCGAAGCGUUGCUGGGAGUGUGCGCCAAGUACGUCAUCGGCCUGCUGCUCAACUUGUGCACGGCUGCAGACGCGAUCAAGCUGGAGGGUCCGAACAUGGAGAUCGCGUCCCAGCUCCUCCGCAACCAGAAGGUCGUCGAUGUACUCACCGAAGUGGACGUCGCAUGCCAGAACUCGCUCUCGCAGUGGACCACCAUGUGGACGAAGUGCAUCAUGCUGCUCAGCGGCUACUCCGGGGCAACCGGCGGCCUGAAGUCGAACGAGCCAGUCACCGAGCUCUGUGGCAAGGUCCAUGAGCUGCGGCCUGCGGACACCGAGAAAGUCAAGGAGGCGGCCGACGUCGAGGCGACACCUGCUGCUGGUGCAGCGGCCAGCGAAGCGCUGGCGUUGAUACUUGCUGGUGCUGCGGAGUCUGCUCAUGAGAUCGCAGAGACGAGUCUGAUGAAAUAUUCUGCGAUCUGGGGCUUGCGCGAUCCUGCUGGGAACGCGAUCCAUCUCUUCCGCGUCCAGAAGAUCUUGGGGGCCAAGAUCUGGGAGGCCGCGGGGCUCCCGAGCCGCGAGUCUAUCGCCGCUGACGUUUCGGAGAAGCCCACUCGCUUGCAUGCGCCGCCGGGGUGCGCGGCUGGCAAGUUGGAGUUGAGCUUCGGGGGCCAGGUUGCCAGUGUCUGGGGCGUUGACCUCUUCGUCGUGCCUGGCGCGCGCUCGUCCCUGACUGGCGAGUGCCCCAGCCCGGCGUGGCUCGCGGGCGUGACCAACGAGAAUGAGGACGCGAACAUGCAGCUGGAGAGCCGCGAGGUCACCGUGUCCAUCGACCUUCGCGACCUCGGGGAGAUUCGGGGGUCCACUGUCGUCGACCUCGAGGACGGGGUUUCGGUCCCGCCCGAGUCGAGGCCGCAGAGCCGCGAAGUCCUCGACGUUGCCCUGUCGGUCCCUGUGCUCGCCCUGACGAAGGAUCUCAACCAGAGCACGGUGCUGAAGUACUUCGUCGACAAGAUGCGCCGCGGGGCCCCGGCCGCCGAGGGCGCCGACGGGCUGGCGGGGGGCCAGGGCCCGACGGCGCUGGCGGUCAAGCGCCGCCUGCCGGCGAUCAAGGACGCAGAGUCGGGCACGAGCGCGAGCGCAGGCUCGAGCUCUUCGGGCUCGCGCCCACGCCAGCAGCCCCAGCAGUCAGGCGGCGGCAUCAGUGCCGCCGAUGCGUCGAGCAUCAGGCACUUGCUCAGGUAG